CUCCUCGGUAGCUCGGGGAGUCGGGGGAGGUGGGCCUUAGCCCGGUAGAGGCAGAAGAACCUUGCUGUCUGCUGUCCCUCAUCCUUUUGACGCCCAGUUGUAUUUGCCCCACAGUUGGGCUUUAGCCCAGGAGCACAGGUGACUGGGGUUUGGGAGAGAGUCGGCCGCAAGCCGGGAAGUCGCGCGCGUGCGCACGACACUACCACGCUACCACGCGCCGGAAGUACGCUUCUGGGCCAGAGGUAUGGAAGAGCUCUGCUGCCCCGAAGACAGGCUGGCACCCCCAGAUGUAGUCAUAGCUACCGAACCCCCGCCACCCUCCCUUGUGGACCGAUACUUCACUCGCUGGUAUAAAGCGGAUGUUAAAGGAAAACCUUGUGAGGACCACUGUAUACUCCAGCACUCCAACCGAAUAUGUGUCAUCACACUGGCAGGAUCUCAUCCCGUUCUUCAAAGUGGCAAAACCAUUAAAAGUAUUUCCUACCAGAUCAGUAACAAUUGUAGCAGACUUCAAAACAAAGUAUCUGGGAAAUUUAAGCGGGGGGCACAGUUUCUAACAGAGCUUGCACCUCUGUGUAAGAUAUACUGCUCUGAUGGAGAAGAAUAUACCAUAUCUAGCUGUGUUAGAGGUCGAUUGAUGGAAGUGAAUGAAAACAUUCUUCAUCAGCCAUCUCUUCUUCAAGAAAAGCCAUCCACUGAAGGCUACAUUGCAGUUGUAUUGCCCAAAUUUGAAGAAAGUAAAAGCAUAACAGAAGGGUUGCUGACACAGCAACAGUAUGAAGAGGUCAUGAUAAAACGCACUCAUGCCACAGCCACCACGCCCUGAGUCUUGCGAUGGAGGCAGCACUGCGUUCUCACCCUACCCAGCCUAAACUAUCGGUGCCCUGAAGACAGCCAGUGUGUAUGAAGUGUUCCUCAGAGCCGCCUGGCCUCGGGAGAAACCUAAGCCUCCGCCUAAACUAAGCCUAACCUAAUCUCAGUCCUCCGUCUUAACAUCACAAGCCUUGGUCCCAUUUCUAUGCAGGGUCUCAGCUCUGCCUUGCCCAGGCACAUGCUUUGUAUGCUGGGAAGUGCACUCGUGGAUAUUCACUUACACAUACAUCAGAAAACAACUUCAAGUGCUUUUUUACCUUUGUUAAGGACAGUGUCUCAUCGGCUUGGAACUUUGCCAGCUGACCUAGGGAGGUACCUGUGUCCUCUGCCCCCCACCUUCCAAGGCUGGUAUUACAAGUACACACCACCAUACCCAGCUUUAUAUGGGUCUGGAAACCCAAACUGUGGGCUUCGUGAUUUCAAGGUGUAUUAGCUACCGUUCAGUUGCUGUGAUAAAAUACCACAACCAAAAGCAACUUCAAAAAGAGUUUAUCUGGGCUUGUAGUUCCAGAGGACUAGGUGACCACAGUAGUGGGAAGGCAUGGUAGCCAGAGCAGAAAGCCAAGAGAUCACAUCCCUACCACACACAAAGAGCAGAAUGAACUAGGAGGAGAUUGUGGUUAUAAACUGCCCCUGGUAAUAAAUUCUCCAGCAAGACUUCGUGUCCUAAAAGUUCCAUAAGCUCCCCAAACAGUACCACUGACUGGGGACCAAGUGCUCAAAUACCUAAGUCUAUGGGCAUUGUUUUUCAUUCAGUCUACAACAUCCCAUAAUGACUAUAGGCUCAUAGUUAGGUCAUACAAAAUGUAGUUAACCCAAUAUCAAAGGUUCCCAUAGUCUUUAAUAGUCUCACCGCUGUUCCAAAGUCUCUUCUGCGUCUUGAUGUAAUCUCUUAUCUACCUUGUAAAUCGGAAAGCCAGUUACAUACCUCCAACAUACAAUGGCACAGAGUAUACAUUCCCAUUCCAAAAGGAAGGGAUGAUGACAUAGUGAGGAAAUAUUAGACCAAAGACCAAAACCAGCAUGAUAAAAGCUAAACCCUGCAGCUCCAUUACUACUGUCUACAGGUUUAGUUUCUAAGAUGACUCCAACCCACCAGCACGGCUGUAACAGAUCGUUCUCUGAUAGUUCUGCUCUGUGCAGCUCUUCCUUGGCAGAUGUCUCACAGUUUUGUAUUUCCAGUGUGUUGGGAUUUGUGACACAACUCAAAUUUAACCUUGACAACUUCACAGUGGCCUCUCAUAGCCUUGCAGAAACUCCAUCUCUGCCAUGUUUCCUGGCCUCAAUGACUUUCUGCAGCCAAGGAGAAUCUAGAUUUUUCAUUCUUGCAUCUUUUAUGCCUGCAAAGCUAAUACCACAUGGAAAAUAUUUGAAAAUUAGACUGCAGCUUUCAGUGCCUUUGGUCAAACCCACAGCAGCUCUUGUAUGGUGUUGCUUUUUCUAAGGACAGACAGGUUCUUGUACUGUCUUUCAGAGUGGAGGUUUAUCUGAAAGGAUUCUUGCCUUGACCAGCUCCCACUGUCCCAGUGUUGAGCAAGAGACCUUUUUUUUUUAAACUUUUAAUUGAUUCUCUGUGAGUUUUAUAUCAUGCACCCUAGUCCUACUCAUCUCCCUGUCCCCUCAUAUCAGCCCUUUGCCCUUACAACCUUCUCCCAAAAUAAAAGACACACACAUAAAACAAA